UCUACAGAGGAAAAACAACAGGCUGAGUAUAAAAGGGGGGGGAGCAAAGGAGGAGGCAUGUUUUUGUUCGAAGACUUGCAGAGAAAGCAGAGCACAGCAGAGGCAAAGCAUUACUUUAAACAAAGGACUGGGGCAGGGAGGAGGCGCCAGAGGGAUGUGGGUGCGCCUGAGCUUGCUCCUCACGCUCUGCCUGCUCCAUGGGGGCGGUGCAGAGAGUGAGGGCGGCGGGCCUCGCUGUCAGCCCCCAUCGACAUGGACGAUCGGGGAGGUGGAACCGAUGAAGGGCACAGCAGGCCAAGUAACAGUGGUUGCCCUGUUACAAGCCACCUGACUGUUUUGCUUGGUGCAGGCCUCCAGAAUUGAUGGUCUGCGCCAGAAAUUGGAGACUCAGGGACUGAAUGACGUGGUUUACAUGGUCAUCAACCACCAGGGGGAGCAAGCCCAGCGGCUCCACCCCCUACUGGCUCAAAGGCUGUCAGAUAAGAUCUCACUGUACAAACAGGGUGAACAACAACCUGAUGUUUGGCAGGCCCUGAAUGGAAAGAAAGACGACUUCAUCAUCUAUGACAGGUGCGGCCGUCUUACCGACCAUAUUUCCCUUCCUUAUUCUGUUAUUGGAAUGGGCUAUAUUGAGAGUGCGAUCAAAGAAGCCUACUGCAAUCGCAAGUGUGGCGCCUGCUCACAUGAGACUGCUGAGACUCCAGAGGAAUGCAGAGCAACACCAAAUGCACAGCCUGAUGCAGAUGCACCCGCAGCUGUAGGAGACAACAUAGAACCUGACCACAGUCGCCAUCAUGGUCAUGGUCAUCAUGGUCAUGGUCAUCAUGGUCAUGGCCAUCAUGGUCAUCAUCACCAUAGGCACCACCCUGAUCAUCAUGGUCAUCACCAUGGUAACCACAAUGGUGAUGGCUUUGGCUCUGACUUGGAGCAAAGUCAGCAGGGGGUUAGGCAGGAUCAUGGUCAGCAUGGCUUUGACUCACUGCAGUUACAGCAAGCAGUGGACACAGAGCAGUUAUUACAGCAGGCCAUAGCAGCCCCUGUUAGGCCUUGAGUGGCAGAAAAGGGAAAGUGAAAGUCAAAGUUCACCUGACAGGGAACAGCAGGCUCCGAAAACGAAACUGCUCCCAAAGCCAGCUGAUGCUGACACUGACGCAGGAUGUUUGGCGAGGCGGGAAGCGAACAGUCGCUCGGGCUCUGACACUGUGAAGGGGGACUGCCGGCCUCCUGACAGUGACAGGGCCUCACGAGCGAGGCAGCCGCCGAUGUCAGGGAGACCUGACAGUGACGCAUGCCUUCUGCUGAAUGACAGCAGCCUCAGCCAGACCAAUGAGCCUGACCCUCCGGUGUUGGGAGCUGAGCAUGAGAGCAGCUGUAAGCUGGAACUUAUGUUAGCUAUCAAUGCUAGGGCCGAGUGCUCUUAUUACCAACAAGUAUUUCCCUGAGAGAGGGGGAAGAUCAAUCCUUAAUUUAAAUGCUGGAAAAGAUCAGAACACGAAAUGCGUCCAGCUGUAAUAUUCAAAUUUUUGGAUUUCACAUUUGAUAAAACUAUGCUGUUCCAACUAACUUGCCUUGUUUUACCAUGGAUUGCCUCCCCCUCUCUCUAGGUGGUCAAUGGGAUAUUAUGUCCAUAAACUGACUCCUUCAUGUUGUUCUCACCUUCCGUUAUGAAACCAGAUGCGUAAACUAUGCUCUAGUGGCGUCUGUCUGAUGUUUGGCAGGUGAGAGAGAAGGAAGUAGUUUAAGAACAUUAUAAACCUUUUACAUUUCAGAGAAGAAAACAUUUGCAAGUAGAAAAAAAGCACAAAAUGAUAAUUUAGAGAUUACAAGAAAACAAAACGACAUUGUGGAGUUGUUUUAACAGAAAGCACAAGUUAAUUUCUGGAAAAACAAAUGCUACAAAGCAAUCUUAUUGUUUAGAUUUUUGUUAUUGCUCACUCCUGAAAAGAUAACAGUUACUGCCAUGAAUGUCUUUCUGUUUUGCUCUCACUAAUAACAUCCAUGAGCUUUAACAUAUUUUAAAUAUUUCAGACUAACAUUUAUUCAAGAUAUCGUAAAAAAAUAACUAUAUUGUUUGGAUGGAGAGAAAGGGAUAACAAGAGUGAAUUGGUGUGAUGAAAUGUGCUUAAUGACGGUUUCUGUGGGAAGAUAACAGUCACCAGGAAAUCCUGAUGCUAGCACAGAGAGUUGCACUGUGUUGGGGUUUUUGGACAUGAUACUAUAGAAAGUUUAAUAAAGAUGGUCAAUUUACUUUUGUAAUUUGUGUUUAUGUUCUUGAUAAAGAAUAUUGUGAAGAGCCUGUUCUUGACAAUAUUCAAGAAUAUGUAAAAAAAAAAAAAAAAAAA